GGAGUGAGGUUAUUGUUAUUUCCUUUUUUGGAAACCAUGAUAUACAUCCAAUGGGAACCUGGUAAAUGUCCUCUGUGUCUCGCUCGGCAUAACUGCAUUCACCCCCAUUCCUUUAUCCCUUGCGUGGUGUUUCUUAUUUUAUGUACAGUAUCUUUUUAUGUGUCUUUAUUCUACGAUUCGCGACUGCUUACUGGAGCUGAAUUUUGCUUGAUCAGGACGAUGACAGCGCGACUAUUGUGUUGCAAAGUCUCAAACGAGUCAUGUUCAGCCUCUUGGGGUGCUGAUUCGGUGACACCAGUGGCUGUGUAA